AUGCCCAAGGCGUCCGCAUCAUCAUCAGCAGCAGCAGCAACCGCAGUGCAUGGCCGCGGUCAUCUUCGGCCGCUGAAGCGCCUGUUGUGCUGUGCCAGCCGCGCCCAUUACACACUGCGCGCGCUCGGCUUUGCAAGCGAUGACGAUACCCCCGCAAAAAUGUCGCAGACGCUCGCGUGCUUGUGCGCCGCGGUUGGCGUGUUGCUGGUGCUUCUCUUGAUCAGCUUCGCCGCACUGGUGGUGGUGCUGGUUGUUGUGGUGCCUGAUGCGCGGCAGCAUCUUUCGCAGACGAUCGGGCCGCUCCUGGACUCCAACACCAGGCGCGACGGCAACACAGCCGGUGGCGGCGGCGGCGGUGAUGCCGCGUCUCGCGCCUCUGCGUUUGAUCGCAAGAUUCGUCGUCUACUCGCCAGUGAGGGUCUCGAAGCGUUCUUUCGCGAGGCCCACCGCGCGGCGGAACUGCGUCGGCGUGUCCUGCGCAACGCGACGCUGUUGGCGGCACUGCGCAAGGCGAACGCGGCCCGCGGCAAGGACGGGGGGCACGGCGUGAACCUUGUAAGUCUUGCGCAGACGCUCCCGGAGCUGGAGUAUCUAUCGUUCCUGCUAGCUCAAGUGAGUGCUCAUGUUCGGGCGGUGCAGGAGCACGACCCGGUGAUGGGGCUUGUGGAGCUGAGCGAUUUCUUGCUCAACGCCACGGGUCGGAAGGAGGCGCUGGAGAAGGCUGCAGAGCGCGCGCUCGCCGAGGUGGCUGAUGCGAGGCCGGCUGCGCGUGGCGCAUCAACCAUCGGGGAUGCUGCGGCGGAGUGGAACGCGGCGCUGAAGGAGUCGUUUGCGGGGCGCUCAGAGGCGGCUCGCCUGCGUGCGCAACUGCGCGGCUUCGUCGGCGUCUCUUCCUUUGAGACGGAGCGACUGACCGAGCAGCCCUUCGACGACCUUGCGCUGCUACAGUACCGACACGCGUGGGCGAAGUCGGAGGUGCUGCCGAUCAUGCGUGCCCGCUUGCGUCGCGCUGGUGCGCAAGCCGACGAGGAGGGCCCGAACGCGGCGGCGCUUCGCAACAAUGCCGUCAGCCAUACACCACAGAACCGGCCUGGACAUGAGAGCUCAGCGCCGCUUAGGCCGCAGGACGUCGCGAACCGCAUGGCGAUGAAGGCGGACUUGUACGAGGUUGCCUCGAUCUUCAACCACAUCCACUACUACCCGCUGCGCCGCUACAGCGCUAUCCGCCCCUACGGCGGCGACUCGGUUGCCAACACAGACGCGUGGUAUUCAGCCAUCGCCGCCGUCGUGCAGACUCGCUUCGGCGUCCCGAUCACCUCCAACACGGCGCAGACCGCCGAGGCUGCAGCGCUGCCGCUCAUACAACGCGACUCUCCCCUCUCGGUUCUUGCACUGCCGCGGCUGGGGCUGGAGCGAGUGGACGAGGUGGCGCACCUGUACACUCGAGAAGAUCGCCAGCUAAUGCCGCACGCGCUGAAUUCCAAAUCCGCAGAAAGCACGCACACCAUAUUUGUGAGCAUUGCGAGCUACCGUGACAUGGAGUGUGCGCCGACGCUGCUGAACCUGUUCCGCACAGCGCGCAACCCGCACCGCUUGUACGUCGGGGUCGCUCAGCAAAACCGUGCCGGCGACACGCCGUGUCUCGUGCCAGAGCUGUACACACCUUACCUGUGCCCGUCCGACGGUGUGCAGGGUGCUGCGGGCGAUGGCAGCGUCGGCGCCGCGCGUGAACUGCGUGCGCGUGCGCGCACGUUGUACGGCAAGGGCGUGGACUUGACGACGAGCACCGAGGGCCCCGAGGCCCGCUACUUUGAUGCGCGUGUCUGCCUCGUGGCGGAGCAGGUGCGUUUGCGUGAGAUCGACUCCAGUCAGGCGAAGGGACCGACGUAUGGCCGCUACAUGGCGAUGCUGCUGUACCGUGGCGAGGACAUGACGCUGGUGCUGGACUCACAUAACAGGUUUCGCCCCAUGUGGGACGUUCUCGGCGCAACGAUGCUAAGGCGCUUGGAGGACCCGAAGGCGGUGCUGUCUCACUACCCGGAAAGCUACCGGGGCGAGGAGGCUGACUUCCAGCCGUACCGCACGACAACGGCAUACCUCUGCAGGGCGCACUUUAUGAAUAAAUUCGGCUACCUUCGGCUCAACGGCAUCGUGAUCAGGUCCGCGUCGGAGUUCGCCAAGAACAACGUCUACAACGACCCGUACGUGCGUGUGCAGUCGGCGGAAAUCGACCCGGCCACGAACCACCGCCUGCCGCAGCCUUGGGUGGCGGGUGGCUUCUUGAUGUCGUUCGCUACCAUCUUCCGCGACGUCCCUUUCGAUCCGCACCUGCCGUACAUCUUCGACGGAGAGGAGGUGCUGUACUCGAUGCGGCUGUGGACGCACGGCUACAACAUCUACACCCCAGCGCGCGGGUUAUGCUUUCAUAUCUACACCCGCUCGUCAGCGCCGAAGGUGUGGUCGGAGACGCCUCAGUGGUACACUACGCAGACACGCGUGCGCCAACGAAUUCAGUUCUUUCUCCAGACUCGCCCCCUCAACAAGGAAGACGUGCUCGUGCCGGCGAACACCACAAACCCGUACGUCAUCAUCGACUCGAGCCGCUACGGGAUGGGCAAGCAGCGGACUGUCGCGCAGUGGUACGACUACGCGGGUGUAGACCCUAUCAAGUACAAGCUGGAUGGGCGCUGGUGCGGCGUGGACAAGCCCGAUUAG